AUGUCGGCAAAUUUCCGCGCCGGAUUAACGGUCAUCUUGGCCGUGCUUCUGCCGGCGGCGGUAGUAUUAUGUGGUUUCCCGGCGACUAUGACUCUGGAAAGAGCUUUUCCGACAAGUCAUGGAAUCGAAUUGAGCCAACUCAGAGCUCGUGACCGGGUCAGACAUGGCCGAAUGUUGCAGUCUUUGAACGGUGUUGUUGAUUUUCCCGUCCAAGGCACCUAUGAUCCUUUUCUUGUUGGACUUUAUUUUACAAGAGUUCAAUUGGGUUCUCCUCCAAAGGAAUUCUAUGUGCAGAUUGAUACUGGAAGUGAUGUCUUGUGGGUCAGUUGCAAUCCCUGCAAUGGUUGCCCUACCUCAAGUGGACUCCAAAUUCAUCUCGAGUCCUUUGAUCCUUCAAGCUCAUCAACAGCUUCUUUGAUCACUUGUUCAGACCAAAGAUGUGCUCUAGGAGCUCAAUCUUCUGACUCUGGCUGUUUUACUCAGAGCAAUCAGUGCAGUUACACUUUCCAGUAUGGAGAUGGAAGUGGCACAUCAGGUUUUUAUGUAUCAGACUUGAUGUAUUUUGACGCAAUAGUUGGGAAUUCAUUGACUUCAAACUCUUCGGCUAAAGUUGUAUUCGGUUGUAGCACAUCUCAAACUGGGGAUUUGACAAAGUCAGAUAGAGCAGUUGAUGGGAUUUUUGGGUUUGGGCAGCAGAGUUUGUCUGUUAUCUCGCAACUUGCUUCACAGGGUAUGGCCCCAAAUGUGUUCUCUCAUUGCUUAAGUGGAAGUAGUGGUGGUGGCGGUAUAUUGGUUCUUGGUCAGAUUAUGGAGCCAAACAUAGUUUAUACUCCACUUGUGCCAUCACAGCCGCAUUACAAUUUGAAUCUGCAGAGCAUUGCAGUCAAUGGUCAAACAUUGGCCAUUGAUUCAACAGUAUUCACAACAUCAAGCAACCGAGGUACCAUAAUCGAUUCUGGAACAACUUUAGCAUACCUUGCAGAAGAAGCUUAUGAUCCUUUUGUCAGUGCUAUUACACAAACUGUCUCACAAUUCGUUCGCCCCCUUGUGUCAAAGGGAAACCAGUGCUACCUAGUCACCUCCAGUGUUUCUGAGAUAUUUCCAGCAGUUAGUCUAAACUUUGCUGGUGGUGCAUCGAUGAUAUUAAAACCUCAAGACUACCUUUUACAGCAAAACUCUGUUGGGGUGCUGCAGUGUGGUGCAUUGGGUUUCAAAUGA